UAAAAGCAGACGACUUAUUUGUAAAACAACAACAAAAAGAAGUGUGUUGCUUUUAAUUUCUUUUCCUUUUUUUUCCUAAUUUCUGUAAAUAGUUUUUAAACAAAAGUAUAGUUAAUUAAAAACGCAGAAUAUUUUUGUUUUACAUUAAUUGUUUUCAAAACAAAAUAAAAUAUAAACAAUUAUCUUAAAAUUAGUUCAACAAUUUACGCGCCAAAUUAAUCAUUAUGAAUUCUGAGAGUGAAAAUGAAUUAUUAAAUGAUAUUAAUAUUGAUAAUACUGAGGAAAAUGCUUUAGAAUUAGAGGAAAUUGAUUCAGCACCACAUGUUGAAGAGGAACUUCGAGAAAAACUAGUACAAUUGCCCUUGGGAAGAAUUAAACACAUCGUUAAAAUGGAUCCUGAAGUUAAUCUUGUGAAUCAAGAAGCUAUUUUUUUAAUUACUAAAUCAACAGAACUGUUUAUAGAAUCACUUGCAAGAGAAGCUUAUAAAUAUACAUCUCAAUCAAAAAAGAAGACAGUACAAAAACAUGAUAUUCAAAGUGCCAUUGACAAUGUUGACGCUCUUGUUUUCUUAGAGGGAGCAAUGUAAGAUGUUAUUAUUUAAAAUUAUUAUAUUUUUUCUAUUUACAUUAUUCUAAUAUUAUUAAAUAAAUAAAUAAAACAUCAA